GGAGUGUAAAGUUUUGCCCGGGUUCUUGUUCGUCGCUGUUCGACUUCGCUCCUUCGACGACCUUUUCCGCUUCCUGUUGGAAGUUACGACAUUUUUUUAUCGGAAGCAACAACGGGAGCUCGCUUGCUGUGAAGGUAACUUUCUCCCUUUCGCGCGCUUCUUCGGCCAAAUCCCGUAAAUCCGCCGAACCAAAGGAUUUCGUAAAUCCGGGAUUUACCACGAAAAGAGGGAAUUUUCCGUCAUCGCAGCUUUGAUUUACCGUGAGAUUUGGUUUUGCAUUUUUGGCCGUUUGGCUGGAUUUAGCUCAAAUCCGGUCUAAAUCCUGCAUCCAAACUGCCCCUAAGCUUCUUUGUCUUCUCCUUCGACGGCAUCGGCGACGGGAGCUCGCCGCGGAUGUAUUGAUUUUUCUCCUAUUGACGCGUUCUUCUCCUAAAUCCCGAUUCAAGCUAAAUUCUGCUCAAAUCCUGCAUCCAAACAGCUCCUACACCCGCUGAUCGAGAUCCAUGGCGCUUGAGGAGCCCACUCUGGCAGCAGUAGGCGCGGAAGGUGAAGAUCUUGGAAAAUAUGAAGAAGACGAGGAGUAUGACGAGGAUGACGAUUCCUGGUCGUCGGAAUCGGACGUGGGCGAUGCAUUGGAUUGGUUGGAUUCGAAAGAGGGCACCGAUGGCGACGGUGUUGCGGUUGCAUCGUUCUCCAUCUCAGCGGCGCGGCGCCCUAAUGCUCGAGGUGGCCUUCUUUCUCGCCCGCUGCAACCUCUCUCCAAUCGCAGUCAAAAGUUCGCCUCCCACAUCCGAGCUAACCCUUUGGAGGAAUGGGAGGGCAGGCUGAAUGUGGGCAUGUCUAAUUCGGUGACAACUGCUAUACGGGACACAGUGCGGGAGUCAGCCAUAGGGAGGACAAAGAACACGGAGAAAGCUGACAGAGCAACUGUCGAGCAAGCAAUUGACCCAAGAACUAGAAUGGUGUUGUUCAAGAUGUUGAAUCGUGGUGUUUUUCAAAAUAUUAAUGGUUGUAUUUCUACUGGUAAAGAGGCGAAUGUGUAUCAUGCAACAAGAGCUGAUGGCCAGGAAUUGGCAAUCAAAGUGUACAAAACUUCUGUUCUUGUUUUUAAGGACCGAGAUCGAUAUGUGCAAGGCGAUUACCGUUUCAGGCAUGGCUAUUGUAAGCAUAACCCAAGGAAAAUGGUGAAAACUUGGGCAGAAAAAGAAAUGAGAAAUCUUAUGCGGUUAAGGACGGCCGGGAUCAGGUGUCCAUCUCCGUUUCUUUUGAGGCUUCAUGUUUUAGUUAUGGACUUCAUAGGUAAAGCAGGUUGGGCUGCUCCUCGACUAAAGGAUGCCAAUUUGUCUGAAGACAAGCUACAUGAAAGUUACCUUGAGAUUAUUAUGACAAUGCGGGCAUUAUACCAAAAAUGCAAGUUGGUACAUGGAGAUCUUAGUGAGUACAACAUACUGUAUUUUGAGGGCCACUUGUAUAUUAUUGAUGUUUCUCAAUCAGUAGACCUUGAUCAUCCUUCUGCCUUAGACUUUUUACGUGAGGACUGCAUCCAUGUUUCAGAUUUCUUUAAGAAAAAUGGUGUUACUGUCAUGGCAGUUAAAGAACUAUUUGAUUUUGUUAUUGAUACAGCCAUUGAUGAUGGCGAUGUUGAUGAUUACCUUGAAAAGGUACAGCAGAAAAUUAUUAUGGAGAGAGGAGACAUGGCGGAAGAUGAUCCUAUUUCACCAACUGUGUAUGUCCAUACCCUAGACUAUAUCAAGCAAUGUGAGGAGGAUCUUGUUCAAAUGGCAAUGCUUCAGCGCCCCAGCUUUGCCUAUGAGCCAGAAGCAAAAGAAAUUUAUGACAAACCUCUAUUGGGAUUCAUACACACCAGAAAUGAGACCAGCCGUCCGCCAUUGUCAGACCUCGCUGAAGAAGCACGAGCCGAUACACAGACAAAUUGCGUAGCAGGUGAUGCGGCCGAAAGAGAAUCUGAUGAGAGCGAGUCUUGCAGUGAUUCCGAAGGAGAAGAUUCACCGCACAAAUCAGAGAGUAAAUUAAGCCCUGACGAGAGGAGAUCUGCACGGAAGGAGAACAAGAAGAAGGUCAAGGAAGAGAAGAGGGAGGCCCGGAAAACUAAAAUUCCCAAAGCUGAUAAGAAGAGGAGAAAGAAGUUGUCAAAGAUGAAGUGCAAUAGGUGAGAUGACGAACUUGUUUGGAUUAGCUUUUCGUAGUUUUUUUUAUUUCUCAGCAUUUGGAAUUCUGCAUAAUAUUAUGUCAUUGUUUUAUGAUUUUGAAGUGGAAAUGAACCAACUGUUUUGAUUUGUUAUCUCACUGAGCAUAUUUUCUCAAACUUACAA